CUUGCGUACAUGUUUACCGGUUUUCUGAGAAGUUGGAGCAUUUGGUGUUUCUAGACCGACGGAUAAUGCUAACCUCAGGGAACAUAGCGCGUCAUAGCAUGGCUAUCUGGUUACACUGUCUGUAUCUCUUCGGGUUUGUCUCAUGUUUUGAAAGACAGUGGAUAUGUCUGAAGACUCCGUCCUCAAGCUUCCGGGAACUUCACACUUCCUGUUCCGGUUCACAGUGUUACUCCUUACAUCUCUUCUCAUGUUACAACGAGGACUGCUGUACCUUGAAUUCGUAUGAUGGAACCAGAAACUUCACUGUCUUUGGACGAGGAAGGAACUUGAGCAUUGUACCUGAUAUCCAGAUUAAUGAGGCUUCCGGUUUAGCAGCCAGCCGGCUACAUCCAGGGGUACUGUACACACACAAUGACAGCGGGGACCGGGCGCGGAUCUUUGCCUUGGACUCGGAGGAUGGGCGGACGUUGGCGCAGUAUCAGGUACUUCCGGCCGAUCAUCACGACUGGGAAGACAUGGCCGUCGGCGUGUGUCCGUCCGAGGCUGGGUCCUGUUUAUACAUAGGCGAUGUUGGCGGUAAUUAUGGUACUACGGGAAGUGUGAAGAACAUAUACGUAGUGAAGGAACCUGACGUCAUAUCCGGUGAUGGAACAUUGAACCUUCUAGCAAAGGUUCACUACAACUGGAAUGUGUACGACAUAGAGACACUCAUGGUGGAUCCCUCUGGCGAUGUAAUCCUGAUCUCCAAGGUACAGGGAGGGCGUGGUCAAGUGGGCAUCAUUCCAUCAGAGGCAUUCAACACCUCUCACAGUUCCUAUAAUAUAACGAGCUCCCUCACACUAAAUAUUCCCAAGACAGACAAUGUUGACCCUUUGGGUGGUGACAUAUCCCCCAACGGUCGAGAGGUAGUGCUCCGUACUCAUCACAAGAUCUAUUACUGGAUGGUCAGCAAUGGCGAGUACCUUAGUACACUGAACAAUACUGAGCCCACUGAAGUACCCCAGAUAAAUGAGCCUCAGGGGGAGGCGGUGGCUUGGGAUGCCCGAGGGGAGGGGUACUACACCCUCAGUGAGAGGGAAAAACAACCACUGUACUACUUCAGGCGGCUACUCUAAAUUGACACUAGGCCACUAUUACUACACAAAGACAGAAUACAAAUGUCAAACUGUCAUGGCAUUUAAUAAUCAUGUUUACAAUGUACACAAAUAAAAAUAAUGUAGCAUAUAUAUUUGAAUAAAUCUUUUCAAUAGUUUU